GUCUUAGAUUGUGAUCAAUUGAAGAAACUUGACAAAAUUUAGUUUAUAUAAUUAUUUUGUUUGACGAUGAGGGUUCAUAAAUUAAAAUCAAUUUUUCAUCUUAUUUCUUUUGAAAUGUACGUCUUCUGCAUUUACUACGAUUUGGUUGUUUUAGGUUGGAAAGUUUUUGAUCCAUUUGAUCAUAUGAAACCAUAUGCAAUACCACUGAAAGGAAGGUUGAUGUUCCUUACAACAUGGAAUUUGUUCUUUGAGUCACGAGUUUUCUCUGCAAUAUUGCACUGCAUUGCAAUUGGACAACUUUUUUACGCAAUGCAUUUUGAUAUGAAUUUGAACAUUCCGGACACACCUGGAGUUCCAAAAAUGCUUCGACAUGGGUAUGGCGGACGUUCAAGAUUCUUGACGUAUUGGUGCUUGGGCAUCAUGUCAAAAAUUGUAAAACUUUUUCAUUUGGUAGCGGCAAUACAAUUCUGUUUUGCUGUUUACUAUGAUUAUUCAAAAGUUCACGUUCCACAAAAUGUUCUCAAAAUUAAUCGAUCAAGUUAUGGUGGAAAAUUUAAAUAUUUAACCUUUUUAGAUGGGAUUCUUCAAUCAGGCUACUUUAUUAUAGCAUUGCUAAACGAUUUUGUGGGUUCAAAUGAAGUUGCGCCAAAGAAAACUCCAUUCAUACGACGGGUAAAAGAUUACAUAUUUGCCGCAUUAGCUUUCCCGGUAGCAUUCAAUGUUGGAGUCACUUUCUGGUCGUUGUAUGCGGUUGAUCGUGAAUUAGUUUUUCCCAAAGCUUUGGAUGCAUUUUUCCCAAAUUGGUUGAAUCAUAUCAUGCAUACAAACAUCAUGAUUUUUAUCAUCAUGGAACUGUUCACAUCAUUCAGGAAUUAUCCAUCGAGAAAAGCAGGUUUCACUGGACUGGGAAUCUUUAUGGCAUCAUAUCUCAUCUGGAUUCAUGUGAUUAAGCAUAAAGCUAAUAUUUGGGUGUAUCCAGUUCUUGAAGUUCUCAAUUUACCGCAACGAAUCGUUUUCUUUAUUUUAUGUCUUGCAUUCUCUGUUGGACUUUAUCUGCUGGGAGAAUUCUCCAAUCAGCAAGUUUGGGUUAAAGAAAUCAAACAUGCACAAAAGAAUAUUUUCGUGAUGAUUUUCCAUCUCGCAGUUUCCUUACAUUACAUGUACGCGAUUUACUACGAUUGGGUUUAUGUGUUACCAAAAGAAAUAGUUCUAAGAGAAUAUUCCUUUGGUGGAAAGUUAGUUUACUUAACAGUUCUGAAUGUGAUUCUCCAAGCACUUUAUUUCUUCAUUUCCUUCAUCAACGACUUAAUUGGAUCAAACGAAGUUGGAAUGAAAGAUCGACCAUUUAUCAGAAAGCUUAAAGAUUAUUUCUUCUCAUCGUUCGCUUUCCCAUUAGCUUUGGAUGUGUCGAUACUCUUCUGGUCGUUAUACGCUAUUGAUAGACAAACAGUUUUCCCAAAGGAAGUUGAUUCAUUCUUCCCAUCAUGGCUGAAUCACAUCUUGCAUACAAAUAUUGCAAUUUUCAUCAUCAUCGAAUUGAUUGCUUUCCAUCGUGAAUAUCCAACAAGAAAAGAAGGAAUUUCGGGAUUGUUAAUAUUCUUAUUUGCAUAUCUCGCAUGGAUUCACAUCACAAAAUAUUUUGCUGGCAGAUUUCCAUACCCAAUUGUCGAAAUACUUGAUAUUCCUGGGAGAAUUGCCUUCUUCAGCUUCGCAAUGCAAAACAUCUUCACUGAAUAUUUAUUUCAUUCGGUAAUGUCGACCUCAGCUACAUUAUUUCACCUUGUGGCUGUUGUACACUUUUAUUUUGGAAUUUAUUAUGAUAUUACAUACGUAACGGAACCAGAAGUGAAAUUUCGAAAGUAUGAAUUCGGUGGACGUCUUGUGUAUCUAACAAUUUUAAGUUUUAUCAUUCAUGGAAUAUAUUUUACGAUUGCAUUGUUAAAUGAUUUGAUUGGGUCAAAUGAACCGACAGCAAGAGAUCAACCAUUAAUAAGACGAGUCAGAGAUUACAUUUUCACUGCAUUUUCCUUCCCGUUGGCUUUUGAUGUUGGCGGAAUGUUUUGGCUCUUGUAUGGAAUAGAUCGAAAGCUUGUUCUUCCCAAGGAAGCUGAUGAAUUCUUUCCGCCAUGGUUGAAUCAUGUCAUGCACACCAACAUUAUGAUUUUCAUGCUAAUUGAGAUGAUUCUCCUUUAUCAUAAAUAUCCUAGUCGUAAGUCAGUUCGUUUAGGAAUGGGAACAUUUAUGAUAGGCUACUUAGGGUGGGUCCACAUCAUCAAAUACAAAUCAAAUUUUUGGGUUUACCCUGUUUUGGCUGUCUUAAAUUGGCCUCAACGUAUAGGAUUCUACAUUUUCACACUAGCCGUUCCUGUUGUGUUCUAUUUCGUUGGAGAAUUCCUUAAUAGACUGAUUUGGCCAAAGUCAAGAAUUGGAGAAACAAUCACAAAGAAAUCAAAUUAUUUCGUGAAAAUCUUUCACUUUCUCGCAGCUAUUCAGUUUUUGUACGGAAUUUAUUACGAGUGUGUUCAUGUCUUACCAGAAGAUGUUAAGUUAAGAAAAUUUUCAUUCGGUGGGAAAUUUAUUUAUUUAACAUUUUUAAAUGGAAUAAUUCAUGCCGUUUAUCACUCGAUUGCAUUGGUACAUGACUUCAUGAAAUCUGAAGAAAUAUUUUAUCCUGUAAAUCCAUCAAGGAUUAGAAAAUUUAGAGAUUACAUGUUUGCCACCUUCGCAUUUCCACUUGGAAUGAAUGUGGCAUUUGUCUUUUGGUUGUUGUACAGCAUUGAUCGUGAACUUGUCUUCCCUUCAGCUAUGGAUGCAUUUUACCCUUGGUGGCUUAACCACAUCCUACACACAAAUGUCUUCGUUUUUAUUGUCGUGGAACUCAUCAUUUCAUAUCAUCAUUACUCCAAUAGAAAAGCAGAGUUAGGCGGACUUUCUGUUUUCAUUGCUGGGUACCUUGUGUGGGUCCUCAUAAUCAAAUACAACGCUGAUGCUUGGGUAUAUCCAGUCUUAGAUGUUCUUGAUCUCUACCAACGAAUUGGAUUCUUCAUCGUCACUGGAAGUCUGCCACUUCUCUUCUAUUUUAUCGGCAAUUUUAUCAACGAUAAAGUUUGGAAAAUCAAACAUCGUUUAAAUCCUGAAAAUGAUGAGAACAAUUAA